UGCUUAACAUAACUUCUUGUUAAUGGAGCUGUUGGAUAAAAGCAAGAAGACACAAUCACAAUCAAAAACAGCCAAGCCGCGUCGUUGCUUUGAAGUUCUCAAGAUUCUAAUUCGUAAGAAUGUUCUAAUUGUAAUUCUUAAAAAAAAACGUUAAAUUACGUUAAAUCGUACGCGUGGUUAAUCCUUACGUUCUCAAACAUUUGCUUAAGAAGGUUUAGAUUGAACAUUUCUUAGAUAUUAGGCUAAUUAGCUAUCAGGGUUUGGUGUUGUCUGUAAACUGUUCAACUCAUAUGGUUGUUUUGUCAAUGAUUUACACUGGUAAAUGUGUUAAGUAGGUUAAGUAGGUGUUAAGUCAUUAAACAUCCAACCUUUGUGGUUUUAAGACAUUUUAGUCAAGACAAGAGGUUAUUUUAACUCUAAGAGGUUAUUUGUGAUAUUUUUAAGCAUUUGCAUUCUUAAGUUUUGUAUUAACAGUCUUAAGACCAUUCUUGAGGCUUAAUACGCUCAUGCAUUAGAAUUAGUUUUUGAUUUCUCUCUGAGUGUCAAAAUUUGACCUUACAAGUGCUUGAAGCCACACAAACAAAACGUAUGGAACUUAAAUACUAUGUAUAGGCUACUAUAGACAUGUGAAUUGCUAGUCUUUUUUCCCACUGGAACAAAUGGAUUUUAAAAUAGUCUUUUUCAUAGCAUUAUUUUAGGUAUGCAGGAAUUAAUUGUCCCAGCCAGACAGAGAAGAAUGAUUCAGAGGUGUGAAAAUAAGGGCCUAAAAAGGUUUGGUGAGUAAAUAUAUAUGUAUAUGUGUCUGACAAUACAUUAUUUGGGGGGAAUAAAAUGCAAAAUAUUGUAAAAGUAUCCAAGAGUCUAUUAUAGAUGCUCUUAACCAGAUGCUUUGGUACCCUGGUUAGUGUAACAUGCCUGUAUACUGGAAGUUAAGACAGACUUAAGCUAAGGCUCUUGUCUGGAGUUUGUCUACAUUGGAUCUGUGAGCUCCUUUGACUGUUUUCAUAUACAAUGCACUGUCAUCCAGUCCAAGAUUUUUUUCCUUAAGCUAUAUUUUUGAGCAUAGUUUAGUCAUGUGCACGUCAGAGCAAACAAACAAGCACAGUGCUGUGUGCGAUUUGAGUGGAGUUAGUCAGAGGCAUGAGGAGUAAAGUUUCUCAUUUAAUAUUCCUGCAGCCAACUGAGCUCCAUGCUGCCGAGUGACUGCCGCUCCCUCAGGCAUCAAUAAUACAAGAGGAAGUUAUUGUUCCGCUGCAGGCGACAGCAACACAGAAUUAAAAGGCUUGUGGGGAGGCUGUGCAAGGCCUUUCACUCAAUCCACUCGGGUUUCAGCUGCUGUAGACAGACCUCAGACAAGAGCGAGAUGAUUUUGAACAUCAGUGAAGGGCCUGAUUGUGUGCUGACGGUGGCUUAGGGACACUUUUGUUUUAUGACAGCUGUAGGUGACCUGCUGGCUGCCACACCAGUAAAACAAUACCCACCAGGACAAGGGUAGCGUUUUAUGCCAGUGUUGGCACAGGUGAAAAUUACCUCAUGAGAUGUCAGAUUGAAGAAUUAAAUAGUAAAAAACCUAGUAAAAAUGACAAAAGCACAUAAAAAAUAAGUUCAUUAAAAUAAGAACUAAUUAAAAACUAAUAAAAUGCUAAUAAAUUAAAACUAAUAAAUGAAAAUAAGAACUAAUACGUUAAUUAAAGCCAGUUCAAAACAAUAAUAAGUACUACAAUGCUAUAUAAAUAAUACUAAAAUAACUAAAAUUCUAAGUGCUGUUAAAUAUAAAAUGAAUAAAUAUUAAAUGAAAAACUUGAAGCAGAUAACAAAACAAUUAAAGGUUAAAAUAAAAUGAAAACUUAAAGCUAAUACAAAACAUUAAUAAAAGCACAUAGCAAAUUUACAAAAAAAACUCUACUAAAAUUUAAAUAAGUUAAAUAAAAUUAAAGUAAAAUCAGAACUAAUAAAAUACUAAUAAAUUAAAACUAAUAAAGAACUAAUAAAUAAAAAUAAGAACUAAUAGUUUAAUACAGUAGUUAAAAUACUAACAUAACACUGGUCAGUAAGUGCUGUUAAAUAAAAAUAUAAAAUGAAUAAAUAUUAAAUAAAAAACUGGAAAUUGGAACUGUUGCCUUGGCAACUAUGUGAAUUAAAAUAAGUUUAAGUUUAAACAAGUUUAAAAAUUUGAAAUAAAUAAAACAGCUGCAUAGAAAUAUAAACAAAACUAAUAAAAUGACAAAGCAGAUAACAAAACAAUUAAAAGUUAAAAUAAAAUGAGAACUAAUAAUUUAAAAAAAGCUGAUACAAAACAUUAAUAAAAGCACAUAACAAAUGUACAAAAACGUACUAAAAUUAACAAAUUAAUUAAAAUUAAAAUAAAAUAAAAACUAAUUAAGAACUAAUAAAAUACUAAUAAAUUAAAACUAAUAAACAAUGAGAAAAAGAACUAAUAAUUUAAUUAAAGCUAAUUCAAAACAAUAAUAGUACUGCAGUGCUAUAUAAAUAAUACUAAAACAACACUGGUCAGUAAGUGCUGUUAGAAAAAUAUAAAAUAAAUAAAUAUUAAAUAAAAAACUUGAAAUUAGAAAUGUUGCCUUGGCAGCCAUGUGAUUUAAAAUAAAUUUAAAUAAGUUAAAAAAAUUGAAAUAAAUAAAAAAGCCAAUCAAUUAAAAGUUAAAAUAAAAUGAAAAUAAUAAAAAAAAAAUAAAAGCUAAUACAAAACAUUAAUAAAUACUGUAAGAGUAUAUAAAAAAUGAACAAAAAGUGUAAUCAUAAAGCUAAAACAAAAUAUUUAAUUGAAAAACGUAGACAUAAAAAAAGUUUAAGUACUGAAAUUGUGAAAACUAAAACUGAAAUAAUAAUAAAGCCAAACAGAAAACAAAGUAACAAACAGAAAUGACAGAAGCACAUAACAAUGACUAAAACUUAAGCUAAAAUGAAAAUAAAUAUUAUAAAAAUGAAAGCUUAUGCAAAAUAUUAAUAAAUGCUAUGAUUUUGUAUAUUUUCAUAUAACAACACUGGAAGUAAUUGUCCUUAUCACCAUAAAUAUACAUUUUUGGGAAUAUUUCCAUCAGAAGAUUUUGAAAGAACCAUUAUAAAAUUGUUUAUUUAUUAUGCAGCACAAGUGCAUUAUCUGUUGCAUAUCUACUAAGGCCUGUUUUAGCCUCAGUCGAAAGUAGUGACCUACCUGUGUAACUCCUUUAAUCUUAAUUACUAUGAAAUUGCCUUGUGAUACAAGAGUAUACCCUCUUAAAGUUCCUUGGCCUUUCUCUUUUCUCAUAUUACAUCCCUGAGCCUCCGGCCUCUCACUCCAGCACACAGUCAGCUGGCACAUGAUGGGACGAUGUCGCUGAAACAUGAAGCUGUGGCUUUUGAGGAUCCAAUUGAAUCUCAAAGACUGGGAGGGGGAGCGGAUCAAAAAGUGACAAAUGCUGAGGGAGAAGGAUGUAGAGAGUAGGACGGAGAAAUAACUUGCACACACUUGCCACAAUCCUAUUCACAAGGAUACAACUGCUUCUCCUAAAGGAGGACAAAUGCAGUCUUACAAAGACAACAAAAUGACUUUGUCCAUUCUACCUUGAGGCAAUGGAACUAAGGAUGGCCAAGUUGGGAAUUGUUGUGAUUUUGCUUAUACUGGAACAAGUAUCAGCCAAUGCUGGAGCGAGCAAAAAAGACGACCAGAAGGAAGCGAUUUUGAAAGAGCUUGUUGAGAUAUGGAGGAAAGGUGGAGGAUGGAACCCACAUAGAGUUCAACCACCAGCAGAAAGACAGAAAAAUCAACAAAUUGAUUCCAUAGUGAGGAGCAUUAUGGGAGGCAUUAAAUCUUUAGGUGUCCUGUCAAGGAAAAACAAGAGUCUCCCAUCUUUAAGCAAAGCCUUUGAUCGAAACAGGCUCUCAGGAUUCCUGUAUAACAUCUCCAUGUACCUGCAAGAGAUGAGCGCUGAGUUAGAUGAUCAUGAGCAACCUUUUGGCGAUGACCAAUUUUGGGAAAACCUGCUCUAUUCUCUUCUUCAAACCGGAAGGGAAACGUCGCUCGGAUUAUGGGAUGGGAAAAUUCCUCCACGACCCACUUUCAGGCUUCAGGAUCUGUUUCUGUCGCUCCGGGGCAGCCCGCAUUGGAAUGGACUUUUGGGGUUGGUGCAGAGCAUUUUAACCCUCACUGAACGGCAGCCCCAAAAACCCAUCUUGACUUUCAUCUCCCAGAAUUGGAAGACCAUCAGCGCUUUGCUCGAAACUGUUCUUCAAGCUCUAGUCAGUGGGACGUACGGCCAAGCCGUCGCAGGUCUCCAGGGUUUCAUCUGCGUCCUGAAAGGACGAAAUGACUGUGCCUUCAACCUGAGCUGGCUUGAGCAGCUCAUCAGUUUCAUGGAGACCAGGAACUGGAAACCCGUGGUCAGUCUGCACCCUGUGAGUGUGGAAAGCAAUCAAAGAGAUGCCGCGCUCUCUACGGGACGUUUUAAACCCUUCCUUGUGCCACCUGAGGUGCUUCGUGAGGAGCAGCUAUUGUUGAACCAGUCGGGCACUGAUUCGGAGAGCCUGGCUUCUAUGCAGGCUCUGCUUCUUCAGGCUUUGUCAAGGUCAAGUGCAGGAGAAAGGGCAGUACAGUUCGCAGAGCGUAAUCCUGGCCUCCUGAAGGGGUUGGAUAACCUCAGACAUGGGUUUCUGCACAAUGUCGGUCGCAGUGUGUAUGGUAAUCUGAGAAGAAAAGUGUCGUAUAUGACCAAGGCACUGCUGGAUGAUGUCAGCAGCAUGGUGGGCGAACCACAGUACAGUCACCAUGGAAGAUGUUCUGUAGGUGACCUCAGGCAGUUAAUAUUGUGGGGAAUUAGACAUAACUUGACAUGGAAUGCUCAAGCGAUGGGUUUCAGGUCAGAUGGGUUACCCAGCAGGCCGUCUUUGAUGACUUGCCCCUCUACAGAGGAGGAAACAAGGACUUUAAAACCUCUGAACUCAUCUAGAAGACCUAAACUUCACCAGUCCCAGCCAAAAGAGCAGAGAGCCCAUGAGCAGAGCGAUUCAGACCCCUCACCCUCAGCAGAGAUUCUGGAAGCUGCCUGUAAUGCCUCUAUCCCUGGUCUCACUGGUGUCUCGAAUUUUACUGUCUUUCUCUAUUGUAAUCUUUUCGAUGGAGAGAGUGGCUCACAGGACCCUGAAGUCAACCAUCUUGGUGUAGACCUGCACGCAGCUUGCUCCGACGCUGCUUGGUACCUCUCAGCAGCGGAGGAAGAUUUUCUUUGGGUUCACGUUUGCAGCGAAUUCUUCGCUCACGAGUUUAACAGAACAGUGUGUGCCAACUCUACAUUCUGGCUGCAACAUGCACAUCAGGUAGAAGCUACAAGGGAUUACCAGUACCUCAACCAAUCAAGUAUUGAUGACCUCUGUCUUCAACUCUCCAAUGAUGUUUCAGUGGGUUCUCCUCCAGACGCUACUGAGGAUUGUUUAACGCUACUAAGCAGCAAAACUCUAACCGCCCAAGAUUUUAGAAGAUGUUUUCUUCCCAAUAACACAGCCCUUAUUGCCUCUUUGUGUGGAAAUGAGUCAUCUCAAAUACCUCAAGAUGGGAGCUGGGCAGCAGAGUACUGCUCCAAGGUCAUUCCUAAUCAAUCUCACAGUUCCCCCAAAGACAACUGUGAUUACUUGAACUGGAAGGUAGAAUAUUUUAUGAACACCACCGCCCUUGAGAUCUGCAGCAGUAAAGCCGGUUUGAAGGACCACAUUUGCAAAAACGCCACACUGUAUCUUACAUUGGUUCGUGAGCAGCCUUCGCUCUUAGACUACUGUUUGAAUUCUGAAGACAAGCAGGGCGCCAAGUGUGUCCUCCAGAAGCUGUUUGACAUGCUGCCAGCGCCCUAUGACUUCGACACCUCUCAGCUUUGUGUGAACCCCUUGCCUAUUCUGCAAGAUGCCAUUCAUAAGCUCACUCUGUGUGAAGGAGCAGUGGAUGAACGCACGGGUUGGUUAGCUACGGUGAGCUAUGUGCUUAGAGUGUUGGAUUUUGUGGUGGGGCUCUCAGCGGGUUUGGAUGAAGGGGAACGAGAGGUGCGUCAGAGCCUGGGUCAGGCCAUUCUGCUGUCCAGCCUCCAGGACAACGCUUCCUUCUGGGCUACGCUAAGACCUGAUGCAUCAAUAAGUGUACUUCACACUGUUGCCGUCUUCCUGAAGAGAGAGCAAAACCACACCUUAAAAGAAGAUCUUUUGAGCUGUUUCAGUCAGCCUGUCCUGUGGGAUCUCAUUCAGAGGGAAGGCAACUCUUCUGCUUUAAGAUUUUUAAUGCAGGAGUACCUACAGAUGCCUAGAGAGAGUAUUCGCAGUGUAGUAAUGUCGGCAGAAAAAGAUGCUGUGAAAAGAUUCCUUUCCCAUGUUCAUCAGAGUUGGGAUCAACUUCAAGUGGAAACUAUACAGGUUUCUCCAAAAGAACAAGAGGCCAUGGAAACCAUGACAGCUGCUUUCAUUCACAAGUUUCCUCGUGUCACACCAGAGCUUUUCAUCGACCUCUCCCAGUUUAUACCGUACAUGUCAGUCUCAGAUAUUAUGACCUUCCCUGCCUCUCUCAUGGUCAAUGAAAGUGUACUAAUGGCCAUUAGUGAUCACAGCUCUGAGAUGAAGUCUCCACAAAAACAAGCCUUUGUAAAACGCCUGUUGCAGUCCAGCGUAGCUGGAGAUGUGCCUUCGUGGCCUCCUUACUUCCUCAGCUCCAUUCUGCCUCUCCUUCCGCAUCUCCCAGUCAGUCACUUUCAGCAGCUCACAUCUCAACAACUCACGCCCUUAAUGGAGAUGUUGGGGAACAGCAGUCUAGAUGCCACAAGGGGGCGCCAUGUGCUUCGUACUGUCUUCGGAAGGGCGAAGAACCUGACAAGUGACAACAUAAUGAGGUUAGGAGUUCUCAUAUGUUACCUGAACUCUGACGACUUACAACAGUUGUUGUCUUCAUCGAAACUCUCACCUGUCCUGUGGCAGCAGUUGGCACAAUGUGUAUCAGAGGGACACGUCAGUGGAAGUGGCAGACUGUCGCACUGGCUUGGCAUGGCCCUUAAAUCUUUAAAUGCCAGUAACUUACCUGCUUCAGAAAUGGCCUCCUUACAAGGUAUGCUGCCACAAAUGGGCGCUUCGUUUUUGGAGCCGCUGUCCUCAGAUGAGUUGUUGGAUCUGGUAACUCUGCCGGGUAUGCCAACUUUCCCACCUGCACAGGCAUUCCAGAUACUGAACAAAAUAGCAGAAGAAACAAAUUUCAGUGCCAACACGCUAUGCAGACUGAAGCCGUUGUUUACUGGUCUGGGGCCUUCUUUCUUGAGAAAACUGGUUGUUCUUGAGUCUACACCUGAUUGUCAGUGUUGGAGUUUAAUGCUGGCUGACCUGCAACCUGCUUAUCAAGUGAUGGUUCAUUUUGCACUCCAACAGGCUCUGGAACGCACGUCUACAAAUAUAACACAGCAGUUGCAAUGUCUUCUACCAUUUGUGUCCUUGAAGAAAUUAAUGUCAGAUCUAGACGGAGAAACGGUCCUUCAUCACAUAUCAGUGUAUAAGCACAUGCCUUGGUCUCACCAGCAGGCUCAAAUGCUGUUCAAAAUGAUUCAGCGGACCAUAAACAUCACAGGAGAGUCAAUACUAGAUUUAGGUCGUAUUGCUGGUGGCAUGAGCUGUGAAUGGCUGAAGCUUUGGGUAAAUGAGUCAGGCUUUUCUGAAUUGUUGCAAUUCAUCACUAAGUUGCCUGGAGGACUUAGACCUGGUUUGAGGAAAUGCAUUGUGGUGGAGCUACAGAAAAGGCCUGAUAUUGAUCUAAAUGACUUGGAACCCUCAUUUGCUGCAAGAUUACCGCUGACCAUGAUGGAGCACCUGUCUAACGCCUCACUCAUAAGUGUACUGGACCAUGUUCGACAAGACUUUAUUGACUUUCUUCAGCUACCACGACACAAGCAAACAGCCCUAGCAGAGAAAGCUAUCGAUGUACUUGGCAUCUCUGAAAAUGGCCUCACCGGGGCCUCCAUGGACAUGCUCGGUCCUUUUCUGCCUUUCCUGGACAGGGAUGUGUUAGCUCACGUGGACCAAGAGGCUCUGAAACUGCGACUGGAGGAACUGAAACAAUACUGCCUGCCCUCUGACACUUUCAGACAAAUAGCAGCUUUGCUCACAGAGAGAAGCAUGCUGGGAGAUCCGAAAACAUGGACGGUUGGUGAUGUCGAGCAUGUGGGUAGACUUUUGUUCACCCUUUCACCUCAGCAGAUAAGAUCCCUACCACUAGGCGAUUUAGGCAAAGACACAGUUGAGCAGAUCCUUAUGAGCCAGUGGCUUUGGAAAAACAGCGAAGUGGGAAAGGCUUGUAUGGACCUGAAAGGACUACGAGAAAAGAUGAACGGUCUCACCCACAGGAUCGUUAAAGGUCGAUGGUGGAUGAGAAGGGGGCCCGUUCCAAGCUGUGCAGACAUUAAAGGGACGUUUCCAUCGGCCUGGAGGUCCUAUCAGCUGAACAGAAUGAAGAAGAGGGAGCUGAAGACGUGCGUUGAGUUCAUCGGUCAAGACGAUGCACUUGACGCCGAGCAACGUGAAGCACUUUGGAUGGAACUCAGACCAGUGUAUAAACCAGUGAAGCAGCUUAAACCAGAACAGGUGUUGGAACUGGGUUGUAUAGUGACCGAAAUGGGAGAAAGAGAGCUACAGGCUAUCAACUUCUCCAAUCUGGCUGUGGUGGCCCAUCUUGGGGACCUCGAUGGGUGGAGUGCAAAGAAACAGAUGAGAGCAGUUGUCCUUGGUGUAAUGAAGCGACUUAAACAAAAGCCUGAAGAACUUGGUGUGGUGGAGCUUGUUUCCUUUGGACAUCUGCUUUGUGGCUUCAGCUCCUCUGAAAUUUCCCGUUUAGACCCGUUCAACUUGAGCGUGGCCGCUUUGUUUCUGGGGGAGAUGGUACUGCCAUGUUCUGAGCAGCAGACCGAGGUGCUGACGUCACGCCUAUCCAAUCCUCUGGGCUUUGGUCCAGUCAGCAGCUGGGGCUCUGAGGUCUUCACUGAGAUUGGGACUUUGGCAGCUGGGCUGGAGGAUAUGGUAUUGUCUGCACUAAUAAAAGAGCAAGUGGAAGGACUUACACCAGCAGCAAUAACCCUGAUACCUCCGAGAAAAUUCGCUGUGGUAUUCAGUGCCACGCAGCUGUCUUGGCUGAACACUGAACAAGCGUGUGCCGUGACAGAGGAGCAGUGGGCGGAAUUAGACAGUGAACAAAGACAAGCACUUGGCAUGGCCCAAUAUGAAGGCGAACUCAUGCUUGAGCACAGAGGCAGGAACCAGGCUCCAUUGUUACAGUUUGCCGGCAGCUUCAGAAAAUGUUUAUUACUUUUUGUCUGUACAUUGUGGAUACUAUUAUAAAGAUUAUAACCUAAGGCUUUUAAUUGUUGUUCUUUAUUGAAUUCUUACAUUUAUGAUUAAAUGCCAGCUCAGAU